UCCUCGUGCACCUCCACUCGUCUGCAGUCUGACAGCAGGAUCUCUCGGUUGGCUGAGAGGUGGAACCAGCGGGCUGCAGGAGAUGAUCUGAUCAAAGACCUGAAGCCCCUGUUUUACACGGGAAUCCCCCGAUCCUCACUCAGCCUGGACAGCAGACGCCUCCCGGGUGUUAUGACCCAGCAGAUGCAGAACCUGCAGUUGUCCCAGACCAGGAAGUGUCCCGGUGGGCCGGCCUCCCCGAGCGCCGCCAAGCGCCUCUACAGGAACCUGUCGGAGAAGCUGCGAGGAAGCGCCUCCUCCUUCGAAGAUACCUACUUCUUCGGCAAGACGGACCGUCUGCGCAAAGCCUCGGCGAUGCAGGGCAGCGACUGUAUCUUCGAGGCGGUGGAGCAACAGGACCUGGACACGGUGCAGAUCCUGCUCUACCAGUUCUCUGCCGAGGAGUUGGACAUGAACACGCCCAACAGCCAGGGCCUGACGCCGCUGGACAUCGCCAUCAUGACCAACAACACGCCCAUCGCCAAACUGCUGCUGAAGGCCGGCGGCAGAGAGAGUCCACACUUUGUGAGCGUGGAGAGUCGGGAGGCCCACCUGAGCUCUCUGGUGCUGGAGGCUGAGCGCCGUGCGGCCGAGCUCGCCGCGCAGGCUCAGAGAGACGGCCUCUCUCUGGAGGCCUGCCAGAAGGAUAAGCAGCUGAGAGCCUGGGAGUGGAGGAGCAAGCUGUACAGACGCAUGAGGACGGGCUUCCAGCACGCACGAGCCCCGGAGGCCCCGUCUAUGGUGCGUCUGAGCGUGAGCAGCAGCACCUCGCUGACCGUCAACUUCCAGGAGCCACAGUGCCUCAACUCCACCGUGGUGACCAGAUACAGAGUGGAGUGGAGCUGCCUGAAGGAUUUCUCGCUGCUUGCAGGAGAGAUGGUGUUGGAUAAUCUGCAGAGCCUCAAGUGCACCAUCAGCAGCCUGAGCACGGGUCGGCUCUACUACAUCCGGGUGUCGGCGUACAACAUGAAGGGCUGGGGUCCUCCUUCCUGCUCCCUGCCUCCGUCGGCAGCACCCUCCAACUGGAGGGAGAGUGACGGCCGUGAGCCCCGCAGGCGAGGACACAUCGAGGCCAUGGAGCGUCUACUGCAGCAGGUCCGAGCCACGCACACACACUACUGCUGCGGAGGGCGGCGGCUCAACGAUGCCAAUCUGUAA